GGCCGGGACGCUGCGCGCGCCGACCCCAGCAGACGAGGGGGCUCCUUUGAGCGAGAGCUUGCUACAACAACCCAACAGCAGCUCCGCACAUGCAGAAACACGCGAUCUUGGAAAAACAGGACCAGUCAACAACACUGGUUUUACUACGGUACCAGCAGCGCAGAGCAACUGUAGCGCCGUGCCGACUGCGACCGAGGAGUUCUUCCUAGCACAAAACAGUACGAAGCAAAAAAUGUCGCAGCAACCAUUUACGUUUCCCUUCCGCCUGACGCCUUACGCGGUGGUGGUUGACGAGCUGGAGCACCAGAAUAGUUGCAGGAGUACAACUACAUCAAGGUGUCCUGCUGAUAUCAAGGACAUCAAAGUAGAACAGCCACCAAGAGCACCACCCCAGUUUCACGUGAUUGACUUUUUCAGCAAGAAGCAUGGGAAAGCGUGGGUGCGGCAGCGAGACGAGCCGCCGGUUUCAUUUCAGAACCCGGCGCGGAUGCCGCAGCUGCCGGCAAGCGAAGUGGUCCGCACUGCAGCGCUCACGGAGGUGCUGGCGCGGCAGGAGAGGAGCGUCGUGUUGGUAAAGAAAGCAGGCCUGCCGCCCGUCGUGCUAGACAAGGCUGCUGCGGUCUUCACUCGCGCGAAGAAUCAAGAGGACCGGGGUUCUACUUCGCGUAGAAUGUUGUUGAAAAGCAGUAAGCCUGGUGGCUUGAGAUCCUUGGCUGCCGGAAUUGACGAGCGACUGGCGAUCGCGAAGUUCGCACUCGACAACCCCGCGACUCACAGCACUCACUGGCGCGCGAUCUGGG